AUGAGCGACAGGAGAAGAAUAACAGGUCCAGUGAACCGAAUAAUCCCAACAAUACCCACCCCACCCACAAAAAUAUCACCAUCACCACCAAAAUCAUCAUCAUCGUCAUCAUCACCACCACAAUUCUACCUCAAGACCAACCUAAUCCAAAACUCAAACGGCUCAGCAUACAUAGAGAUCGAAGGCACGAUAAUCCAAGUCUCGAUAUUUGGACCGCGUCCAAUCCGCGGCUCAUUCACCGAGCGCGCUUCCCUCAGCGUCGAAACCAAGUUCCUCCCACACAUAAAUCAGCCAUGUUCCAUCAACUUCAACAACAGCGAAGCCAGCUCCUCGAGCUCCAACAUGACGCAAAUCGAGCAUCGCUUAAGCUCAUACCUUGAAAACUGCAUGCUUCCAUCUAUUUUGUUGGAAAAAUAUCCCAAGUCCACCAUCGAUAUCCAAGUUAGUGUCAUUGCGAUGGACCCGCGUAGAGUGCAUGGCCAGAGCGGGCUCUUGUGGUUGAUGUCGUGGAUCGUGGUGUGCGCUAGCAUGGCGGUGGUAGACACGGGGAUCGAAGUUCGGGAUAUCGUGAGUAGUGGAUGCGUCAAAUUAGUUCAACUGAGCGGCAAGGUGGUUGUCGGUGGAGAUGUCGAUCGUGAGGAAGAUGAGGAGAGUGAGAGUGCGGGUACUACUGCAUUGGUUAGCUUUAUGAAUAUGAACAAUAAUGAGAUUGUUGGGGUUUGGAUGGAGAGCGAUUCGAGUCAAGAGAUGUCCGAGCUGGAAAUGGCCUUGUUGAUUGACGAAUGUUGUCGAAUGUCGACUUUGGUUAGGGCCAAUUUGAACUCAUACUUGAUCAAUUCAUAUGCUAGUUAA